CGCCCUCCGGCCCCGCCCCAUGGGGUGGCCUGGCCGUUUGGUCUGGAGCAGCUGAAACCGGUUUGAGCGGAGGCGCUUCCUACCGCUCGGCGCUGCCGCGGUUCGCCUGGAGGAGCGCUGGCGAGGUGUGGACGGCGGGCGCCCGGCACCUCAGCCUGCGGCCCUCGCUCUCCGGCGCGGCGGUGCCGCGGACCGCUGACCCGGGGACACGGCAGCAAGACAUCCUAAAACAAAUCCAUCAAAAUGACACCUUCUCAAGUUACCUUUGAAAUAAGAGGAAAUCUUUUACCAGGGGAAGUUUUUGCGAUAUGUGGAAGUUAUGAUGCUUUGGGAAACUGGAAUCCACAAAAUGCUGUGGCUCUUCUUCCAGAGAACGAGACUGGUGAAAGCAUGUUGUGGAAAGCAACCAUUAAACUCACUAGAGGCAUAUCAGUUCAAUAUCGCUACUUCAGAGGGUGCUUUUUAGAACCAAAGACUAUCGGUGGUCCAUGUCAAGUCAUAGUUCACAAGUGGGAGACUCAUCUACAACCACGAUCAAUAACCCCUUUAGAAAAUGAAAUUAUUAUUGAUGAUGGACAAUUUGGAAUCCACAAUGGUGUUGAAACUCUGGAUUCUGGGUGGCUGACAUGUCAGACUGAAAUAAGAUUACGUUUGCAUUAUUCUGAAAAACCUCCAGUCUCAAUAACCAAGAAAAAAUUUAAAAAGUCUAGAUUUAGGGUAAAGCUUACACUAGAGGGUCCAGAGGAAGAUGAUGAUGAUAGGGUGUCUCCCACUCUUCUUCACAAAAUGUCCAAUACCUUGGAGAUAUCUUUAAUAAGUGACAAUGAGUUCAAGUGCAGGCAUUCACAGCCAGAGUGUGGUUAUGGCUUACAGCCUGAUCGCUGGACAGAAUAUAGCAUACAGACAAUGGAACCAGAUAACCUGGAACUAAUCUUUGAUUUUUUUGAGGAAGAUCUCAGUGAACAUGUAGUUCAGGGUGAUGCCCUUCCUGGACAUGUGGGCACAGCCUGUCUCUUAUCAUCCACCAUUGCAGAGAGUGGGAAGAGUGCUGGAAUUCUUACUCUUCCCAUCAUGAGCAGAAAUUCCAGGAAAACAAUAGGCAAAGUGAGAGUUGACUUUAUCAUUAUUAAGCCAUUACCAGGAUACAACUGUGACAUGAAAUCUUCGUUUUCUAAGUAUUGGAAGCCAAGAAUACCACUGGAUGUUGGACACAGAGGUGCAGGGAAUUCAACAACAACUGCCCAGCUGGCUAAAGUUCAAGAAAAUACUAUUGCUUCUUUAAGAAAUGCUGCUAGUCAUGGUGCAGCCUUUGUAGAAUUUGAUGUUCACCUUUCAAAAGACUUUGUGCCUGUGGUAUAUCAUGAUCUCACUUGUUGUUUGACCAUGAAGAAGAAAAACUUUAGGCAUACACAGAAGUUUGAUGCUGAUCCAGUUGAAUUGUUUGAAAUACCGGUAAAGGAACUAACAUUUGACCAACUCCAGUUGUUAAAGCUUGCCCAUGUGACUGCAUUAAAAUCUAAAGAUCGACAAGAAUCUGUGAUUGAGGAAGAAAAUUCCUUUUCUGAAAAUCAACCAUUUCCUUCUCUUAAGAUGGUUUUAGAGUCUUUGCCAGAAGAUGUAGGGUUUAACAUAGAAAUUAAAUGGAUCUGCCAACAAAGGGAUGGAAUGUGGGAUGGUAACUUAUCAACAUAUUUUGACAUGAAUAUGUUUUUGGAUAUAAUUUUAAAAACUGUUUUAGAAAACUCUGGAAAGAGGAGAAUAGUCUUUUCUUCAUUUGAUGCAGAUAUUUGUACAAUGGUUCGGCAGAAGCAGAACAAAUAUCCCAUAUUAUUUUUGACUCAAGGAAAAUCUGACAUUUACCCUGAACUUAUGGAUCUCAGAUCUCGGACAACCCCCAUCGCAAUGAGCUUUGCACAGUUUGAAAAUCUUCUGGGGAUUAACGCACAUACUGAAGACCUGCUCAGAAAUCCGUCCUAUAUCCAAGAGGCAAAAGCUAAGGGACUAGUCAUAUUCUGCUGGGGUGAUGAUACCAAUGACCCUGAAAACAGAAGGAAAUUGAAGGAAUUUGGAGUUCAUGGUCUAAUUUAUGAUAGGAUAUAUGAUUGGAUGCCUGAACAACCAAAUAUAUUCCAAGUGGAGCAGUUGGAACGCCUGAAGCAGGAAUUGCCAGAGCUUAAGAGCUGUUUGUGUCCCACUGUUAGCCACUUUGUUCCCUCCUCUUUGUGUGGGGAGAAUGAUAUCAAUGGCAUUGAUAAUGUGGAGAAUGCUUAGUUUUUAUUGCAUAGGCCAUUUUGGGGCAUGCACCACUGUUCUGGAUAAUCAGUUUUCAUCAUUGAGCAUUGUUUAUGCCUUUUGGGUUUCUCAGUCCAAUGAAGCAAUAAUGAAGUAUUUCACUCUUUCACUACAGUUCUUGCAAAAAUUUCAAAUAUGCUAUUUAAAUCACUUGGCCAGGUAUAAUUUCCAGUCAGUCUCUAGACAAGGAGAAAAUUUAUUGUUUAGUAAAUAUUUUUAAACUAAAUAUUUAAGCCUAUAAUGUUAAACAAAUCUUCAUUAAAAGCAUAGCACUUUGAAAUUAACUAUAUAAAUAUUUCAUAUUUACUCUUAGAGCUUUUCAUUCGAUCAGGUCUGAAAUCUUUAGCACUUGAGGAAAAUGACUACGCAUAAUUAUACCUGACCAUGGAACAAAUAAGUACCUCAAAUGCAUGCAUUUGCACUGGUGAUUCCAACUGCACAAAUGUUUGUGCCAUCUGUGUAUAUAGGUAUUUUUUACAUGGAUUGACAUACACAUACACCAUUUUCAUUCAGUAUGAACCUUGAGGCUGCUGCCAUUUCCCUCACUUAACCAAACCAGCCUGGAGGUGAGCCUUGAAACUCAUUUCAUCUUUCAAAAGUUGUUUUGCAUAAAUGUUAAAAUUUCAAAAUGCUGCAGGGUAAUUUAAUGUAUAAAAUAUUAGAAGUAUGUGUUACGUAUGUAGUAGAGUAGAUCACAAUAUAUAAAUUUGAUUCAAUGCAUGCUUUAGGUUUUGAGCAUGAAAUUAUACAUGUUUACUAUUCAGUCCUUGCAUCUGUGGUGCUAGGUAAGUGUGAGAAGAUGUCAAGGACUGAAAAUAUUUUGUUGCCUAAAACAAACAAAAAACAACAAAAAAAAAGCUAAGGCAUUUAAAGUAUGCUUAUUUUAAGAGUCUCUCACUACCUAUUUCACACUGUUGCUUUGUGGGUUUGUUUUGUGUGCAUAUUGUACAGUAGUUAAAUGUCCAUGCAGAAAAAUAAAUGUCCUGGAUUCUUACAUUGGUUUUCUUUAUUGGUUAAUAUAUAUCAUGCAUGUAAUUUAUUUAGAAAUGUGGAAGAUCUUACUGAGUGUAUAUGCAUGUUUUUAAGAUUAUACUAAGGUUGCUUUCAUUAGAAGCAGAUUGUAUUGACAUCUGUAACUUAAGAAUGAAUGUUAAAUAAAAUGACAGAUUUAUUUUCUUCAUUAUAAAAUGGAAUUUCAAGAAGUUAUUACUUUUAGAAUGGUUUUAUAAUGUUAUUAUGAUAAAUUGAUAUUUAGUGUUUACCCUAAAGAGAUGGCAAAUUUCAUCUACCUUUUACUAUGUGUUUUUCACAAGGCAGUUUAUUCAUAUAUUGACAUAAUUUUGGUAGUGUCUGAAAACCUAGAACUUGAAAAUUACACAUCAUCUUUUUAUUUUUUAAACUAAGCAAUGCACUUUUGGUUAGAUCUUAGUUGUGUAAAGAUAGGGUUGGAAAUCCUAUGGUAUUUUGACAUUGAUAUUUAGUGAAAAAUAGUCUAUAAGGAUUCUAUAUACAUUUCCCUCAUGGAAUGGUAUUUUUAAUAUUUUGUUGUGAAUUGGACACUUUUAGAAAACUGAAGGAAUUAGUGUACUUUACCUACAAACCUUUGUACAAUGCAGUGAUCAUUCCCUAAUAGAACCUGAUGGCCAUAUAUGUGUGUUUCUGUUUCCAUCCUAUUGCUCUUCCUGGGGCUCUUUACUUCCAUUUCCUCUAUGAUGACUUGGGAACAGAGGGGAAGCAGAUCAUCAUGGGGGUGGGCAGAAAAGAGAUGUCAGGAAAGGAGAGGGGAGUAUGUGCUGCCAAACAAUUUAAUUUGCUGAGAGGAGCUUAUAGUAACUACUUAUGAUACACUUUACUUAUUUCCUAGCCACUCAUUUAAUUUUCUAUUUCUUCCUGACUUACAAACCAGUGAGAGUAGAGGGUUAAAACAAAUGUUUUUAGGGCUGAAUCCAGGCCUCUGUGUCACCCCCUGUUAACGCUUAAAUUGUGCUCCAGCCAUGUAGUACUUGGGCUAGAACCUGCACAUACCAUGACCCCACAUUACCCAAUCUGUGCCCAUCUGCCCUCUGCCCAGAAGUCCUGUUCUUCCCAGGCAUGUUCUCCCUGAUACACUCAUUUCUAUUUGCGCCAACCACUUUUCCCUUCUGUGCCCUUGCCAAACCCCAUCAGAGGAAGGAAUCCAAUUUUUCAACAGAUAUUACGUUCUCAUAUUCAUCAUGCUGUGCCUCACACUACAUUCUAGGUAGACGUAGUUGAUGUUUGACCUACCAGACUGCAGCCUCUUUAAGGGCAAGGUUCUUUAUUACUAAUUAUUUUUAUUUCCAUAGUACAUGGAACUUAGUAGAUAAAAAAUGUUGGAAUUACUGGGUUAUUUGUAUCAAAUGUCCUUUUAAAUUAAGAGACAUAGUUAUAUUUAAUAUGAAUGUAAAUUUUGAAUUCAUCUACAUUUUGACAAUUGGGACAGCUUAUUUAUCAAUUUUGAAAUGUAGAGUUAAUGUUAAAUUAUUUUAUACUUUCUGGAAGUAGAGUGAAAUGUUUGAUAAAAUGCCGCCAUUGUUCUCUGGUAUUUUCUCCUCUCUGGGAUUGUGUUCUGUAACUGCUGAAUGUGAGGCCCACAGUUCACUUUAAAGUGGGUAGUGUCUGAGGGCUACAGCAGCUGGCUUCCUGCUGCCAUGUACUUCUUUCCAUUUUUGUGUGACACUUGUCUCUUCUCCCCUCCAAAGCCACACUUCCGCCUACCUCAGUGCCACUUUCCUUGUCUGAAAUGCCUUCUCUGCCUUUCAUCAGUAUCCUGCUUGGGAGCCACCUCCUCCAUAAAACUUGCCUCAGCUUUUGAUCCGAAUCCUGAUGGAAACAAGUGCAGACAGCCUCUAAAUCUCACUACUACGUUUUUCUGCUGGGUUAAUAAUACCAGAGAGGUUAUCUGAUUUACAAGGUUGGAACUAGAAUCUGGAUUUGAUGACUUUUAAUCCUGCAUUCUUAAACUACGCUGCCUUCUGAAGUCUUGUGGCACUUGGCAUGAACUUUUUUAUAGUCCAGCUCUCUUGUGUACUUUCUAUACUUUCCCUAGUAAGAUUGUAAGCCCCAUAAGGGCAGGCACUACUAUGCUUAGUUAUGAACUAGAUAAAUAAACAGUGGUGGCAACAAUCCUAUUUUCCUAA